AGAUAUUUCUUGAGACACCUGCCACGUAGGAUUCUCAUCUCCCCUAUAUAAACCAACUCUACUCUAAACCAAUUUCACACCAAUCUUCUUACACAAGCAAUCAAAAUGGCCGGAAUCAUCAACAAGAUCGGCGACGCUCUCCACAUCGGCGGCAACAAGGACGACGAAAAGAAGCACGAAGGCGACCACCAGAAGCACGACGCCGACUGUGCGCCGGACCACAAGAAACACGACGGCGAAUCGAAGUCCGAUCACAAGCCGGAGGAGCAUAAGGAAGGAAUAAUUGAUAAGAUCAAGGACAAAAUCCACGGCGAAGAUAGCGGAAGUAAGGGCGAGUGUGGUGAAGGUGAGAAGAAGAAGAAGAAGGAAAAGAAGAAGAAGAAGGAGAAGAAGGAAGGUCACCACGACGACGGCAGCAGUAGCAGCAGCGAUAGCGAUUAAAUCUAUUCAACUGUCGCGAAUCGAGAUUGGAGUCAUAUACAUUGAGACAACGCUUUUAUGAGAUGUAAUAAAAGUUUUCAAGAAAGAAGAAAAAAAGAGUUAUGAAAUGUAAUAAAAGUUUUUAAGAAAGAAGAAAAAAAGAGUUAUGGAUUGUUGCUUAAAUCGUAAUUAAUGUGUGUAAUUGAUGCUCAAUGGUAAAUUAAGUUUUAAUAUUUGUA